CACUAACUUCAUCAGACUCUUCUCCAAGUGCUUCAUCUCAUAGCUUGCUUCUUAUUUUUCCUACUGAGGAGCUGGAAAGAAACAAGAGCCCAAGGACAGACAAAAAGACUCAAUAAUAGUUUUGUUACAAAAACAGAAAUGCUGUGAGACUCCGUUGUUUCCACCGCUGACAGGUUUGGUAAUAGUCUACGUGAUCAUAUGAAGUGGUGUGGUGUUUUGCACGUACAUGUGUGGUGUUCUGCACAUACAGGACUGCAACAUCUCUGCUGAAAGCUGUGGCAUCUGAACGAAAUAUAAGGAAAAGAAGUCCACGCUGAUGAACUAAGGUCAUUACCUUCUCACUCCAUCUCUGAAGCAUGACAAAACCAAGCAGAGGAAGACUUUGGGAAGUGGGUUUUUUUCUCGCUUACCUUCUCUUCCUGGCUUUACCCUGCAUGGGCUUCCUCCCCAACUUUUGGUCUCGCGUGUUAACGCUGUCCUGGGGCUCACACACACACCAGUACAUCACAGAGCGGGCUAUUGUCAAUGUCACCCUGGAGACUCUGAGGGGCACCAAGAAACACCAGGGAAACCAUGCAGAGGAACAGACCAAACUGGGCCGUGGCUUCUGGAGAGCUGUGGGAGAGGUAGUGAAGUCCAACGCGGCUAUGGACUUCCUGAGCUCCACCAGGUCCAACCCAGUGUACCACUUUGAUUCAGAUCAUGUGGACAGCGCCAUUGGGAUGUUACGGCAGAUCUGGACUCAGACUCUGCUCUCAGUACGGGCCAAAGAAUACCAAAGUGCUCGUCACAGCUUGGGCCAGCUAUUUCACUCCCUGCAGGACUUCUAUAGCCACAGUAACUGGGUUGAGAUGGGCCAGCGCUUCAUUUACCUCCACCUGCUGCACCCAGAGGAGCCCGCCAUCCCUGUUGCUGGAGUAGACACUCCUACCUGUAUGGAGUGCUUCAGUGCCACCUGUCGAAACAACCUCCUGCCAAGAAUGACAAACAGACAGCAAGACACCCAGUUGCUCACCACUGGCUACUUCGGCACUUCUCCUCCAAAACCUCAAGGCAAAUGUAGUCAUGGAGGUAUUUUGGACAGUAGUCGCUAUAAAGGGGCUAAAGGGGGAAUCAACAAGGACAGCACCUCACCUCUCUUCUCCCCUCACCAUUAUCUCCAUGUGGAAGCUGCAAAUUUGGCAACUGAAGCCACUCUGAGUGUACUGAGAGACAUCAGAGACACAGUGGGCCAUAAAACCUUUCUCAGGCUCUUCAGUGUGAAGCAGGACCCUGCAUUGGUAUUUGUCAUGGACACUACAGGCAGCAUGUUUGAGGAGAUCACUGCGGCUCGCUACAGGGCCCACUCCAUCAUCCAGAGCCGAGCCGGCAGCACUGGGCAGCCUGGCACCUUUCUACUUGUGCCCUUCCAUGACCCAGAGGUAGGACCAGUGUAUGAGACCGAUGACCCAAACCAGUUUAUGCAGCACAUGGAGAACCUGAUGGCGCUGGGGGGAGGAGAUGAACCAGAGAUGUGCCUCUCUGCGGUGCAGCUGGCGCUCACUCACAGUCCACCACUGUCAGAGAUCUUUGUAUUCACUGAUGCCUCCCCUAAAGAUGCCCAUUUGUUUGAUGUGGUGAAGGCCCUUACACUUGAGAAACAGAGCAAGGUGACUUUUCUCCUAACUGAAGACCCCAACUGCACAUCAGAGAGCAAAAGGAAGAGGAGGAGUAGGAGGAACAGGAGAAGGAGUGAACCUUUGUCCCCUGAUCGUUUCUCUCUCUACGCUUCCCUGUCCUCCCUGUCAGGAGGAAUGACAAUAUUCACCACCAACUCUGACAUCCGUGGGGUCUCUACGAUAGUGGAGGAUAACACAGCUGCUAAAAAGGUGACCCUCCUCCAUGCGAAAAGUGACCAAGAGCUGAUGUCCUCCCAUUUCUUCAGAGUUGACAGCUCAGUCAAAAACAUCACACUACAUGUUACUGGCAUCCUGACAGAGUUUAUCCUUAUGAGUCCAUCAGAACAAAGUCAGUCUCUGCUGAGCGAGGAGGGCUCUCUGGCAAAAUUGGAGCGCUUUAAGGGUCUGUACCGCAUCAGCCUGCUUUCUCCUAUACAGCCAGGCCAGUGGAAACUCCAAGCCAAAAAUGAUGGACACCUCACAAUCAAUGUGAUAGGUGACAGCAGUGUAGAUUUCCUGUAUUACUUUGCAACAGUUCAAAAUGAGACACACCCAGGUCUGGCCAGAGUGGAGGGUAGUCCAGUAGCAGGUGUUCCUGUCUUUCUGGUGCUGGCUGUGACAGGCCUGGAUCCGGAUGAGGAGGUAUCUUUCAGUCAUGUGACACUUCUGGGAGCUGAUAGGGAGAGCCUCCAGCAAGUUACGCUGAACUCGUCCUCCUUUUCAUCAUCCUAUUCUGUAGUGGAGCUGGUGGGAUGGGUGGAGGUUGUUCCCAGUGUUCCCUUUUGUGUUCAACUAACAGGCCGAGACAGCCGAGGAAACAAGAUGGAGAGGGUUUCCUCGGAGAUGGUUCAGUCCACUUACGUUCAGAUACAGGUGCUGUCGGUCCCUCACCUGGUCCCUGGUCACAGCACAAUGGUGGACUUUGACGUCCUGAACCAUGGCCCUGCCCGACCAUUCAGUCUGCGUGCCGAUGAUGACUGUGGAUAUCUUCCCAAGAGAGGACCUCACAGGUUCUAUGUUGACGAACAAGGGUCUUUCCGCGGUCAGGUGGACUUCCUCACUCCUGCCACAGCUCAGUCAGGAGCUACUAUUUAA